AUGGCACUCUCUCCGAUGGCGCAGGAAACACCUAAAAUGGUAAAUUCUAAGGAUGUGGAGCUUUCUGCAUCUAUUUCUGCUCAAAAUGACAACUUCGAGGUUACAUUUGAACCAGAUGGAGCUGAUAAUCCGAAAAAUUGGCCGGUUUGGUAUCGGACGUUCAUCGUGGCAACGGCCUCUUUCUCGACGACUUGCGUAGUCCUAUAUUCAACAUCGUACACCGCUGGAGUCCCUGGAAUUCAAGUGUCCUUCGACAUCUCCGACCGAACAAUUGCCCUCCUCGGCCUGACAACAUACCUCCUCGGCCUAGCACUAGGAUGUCUAGUCUUGGCACCAUUAUCAGAAAUGUACGGUCGUCGACCCAUUUACGUCGUCACCGGUGCUCUUUAUGCUGCGUUAAUUCUGCCCGUCGCGCUGGCGCCCAAUUAUGCCGCUGUGGUGGCCAGUCGGAUAUUCAGCGGGUUCUUUGGUAGUGCGACUGUCGCGAGUGCGCCAGGAACGGUCAACGAUCUUAUUAGUUCUAAGCAUCGUGCGCUGGCAUUCAGUUUGUGGAGUUUAGGGGCUAUGAAUGGUCCGGUAUUAGGUCCCAUCAUCGGCGGAUUCGUCUACCAAUACCUGGGAUGGCGCUGGAUCAACUGGAUCGUGCUCAUUUGCGCAGGCGUUUCCUUUGUGGCCUUCUCCUUGUGUAAUGAAACUUACGCACCGGCAAUUCUUCGAGCAAAACGAGAAAAGAAGCAAAAAGAAACAGGCGACAAACGAUACUGGUGUCGAUACGACAACCGCACCGAUGGAUGGCAGCUCAUUCGCACGAACCUGACACGCCCGUUAUCCAUGGCCAUUCUCGAACCAAUCUGUCUCUUCUGGAAUCUCUACGUCGGUGUCAUAUACGCCGUGCUCUUCCUCUGCUUCGUCGGGUAUCCAAUUGUCUUCCAAGAACAGCGCGGCUGGUCUCCUGGUCUCGCAGGACUGGGAUAUCUGGGAAUAGGCGUUGGAGUCGUUCUCGCAGUCUUAUCUGAGCCCUUGGUCCGCAAAAUGAUACAGAUGCACCGUCUGGAUCCAGUCACAGGCCAGAUACCACCAGAAGCAGCGGUCAGUCCCAUCUGCAUCGGAAGUAUCUUGAUUCCCAUUGGUGAAUUCUGGUUCUCCUGGACGGCACGGCCAUCCGUCCAUUGGAUCUGCCCUAUCUUGGCUGGAGUGCCAUUCGGUCUGGGUAACGGUCUCGUUUUCAUUUAUGCCACUACUUACCUCGCCAGUAGCUAUACGAUAUACGCCGCAUCAGCAUUGGCAGGAAACUCGGUGGUACGGUAUGUCUUCGGGGGUGUGUUGCCGUUGGCUGGCUCGCAGAUGUAUCAUCGUAUGGGGGUUAAUUGGGCUGGGACGAUGCUGGCUUUGGUUGAGGUGGUCCUUAUUCCAAUUCCAUUUGUGUUUUAUCGGUAUGGGUGGAAGAUUCGGCAGAGAAGUCCGCUUAUAUCGAAGAUGUGA